AUGGAGGUGCAGGACAGGAGUCGCUCUCCGUCCCGCAGGACCAGCCGGGUGGAGCAGGUGGUGGGACGAUGGCUGAGGCGGUCCAGAGACUUGGGCAGCAGGUCUCACUCCCUGAGCAGAGAUCGGGUUGCAGCGGACGGGAAGGCAGCAGAGUCCGGCGGCUCCGAUCAGAGGAACUAUCCCUUCCGCUUCAACGUCCAGAUCCAGCGGGACCCGAACCUGGACUCCCACGGCCUCACGCUGUCCUCCCAGACCCCCAUCCUGGUGCAGGAGGUCACCCCAGGUGGUCCUGCAGAUGGCCGGCUCGUCCCUGGCGACCAGCUCGUGAAGAUCAAUAACGUCGCUGUCGAUGACCUGACCCCGGAGCAAGCUGCUGAAAUAAUCAGGGAGUGUCAAGACACGUUGACGAUGACGGUCCUCAGAAUCAUGCUGGGCCCAAAGUCGUCGUUCAUCACACCCGAGAAGAGGGCCAAGCUCAGGUCCAACCCCGUCAAAGUCCACUUCGCUGAGGAGGUGGAAGUCAACGGACACUCUCAGGGGAACUCGCUGCUCUUCCUGCCCAACGUGCUGAAGGUGUAUCUGGAGAACGGGCAGACCAAGGCCUUCAAGUUCGAGCCGAGCACCACGGUCAAGGACAUCGUGAUGACGCUGAAGGAAAAGCUUUCUCUGAGCCGCAUCGAGCAUUUCUCUCUGGUGCUGGAGCAGAAGCACAGCAUCAGCAAACUCCUGCUGCUGCACGAUGAGGAGAGGAUACAGCAGGUGGUCCAGAAGAAGGAGGCCCACGACUACAGGUGUCUGUUCCGGGUCUGCUUCAUGCCCAAAAACCUCCAGACGCUGCUGCAGGAGGAUCCCACCGCCUUCGAGUACCUUUACCUGCAGGGGGUGAACGAUGUGCUGCAGGAGCGCUUUGCGGUGGAGAUGAGGUGCAACACCGCCCUGAGACUGGCCGCGCUGCACAUUCAGGAGAGACUGGCCAGCUGUGGGCAGUCGCCCAAGAUCAACCUGAAGAUGAUCACGAAGACUUGGGGCAUCGAGAACUUUGUUUCAUCCACCUUGCUGAGAAACAUGCGGGAAAAAGAUCUAAGGAAGGCCAUCGGCUACCACAUGAAGAAGAGCCAGACGCAGCACGAUCCCAAGCAGAAGGGCGUGUCGGUGGAUCAGGCGCGAAUCAACUACCUGGAGGAGCUCAACGACCUCAAGUCCUUCGGAGGGAAAUCCUUCGGCGCCACCAUGAUGCUCCAGGACAGGGAGUCGAUGGUGACCCUGCUGGUGGGGGCGCGCUACGGCGUGAGUCAGGUGGUCAACCACAAGCUGAGCAUCCUGUCCACGCUCACCGAAUUCACCAGCAUCACACGCAUCGAGCUGCUGCCUGAAUCCGACAAGGUCAGCCUGGUCAAAAUAUACCUGCAGGACAUCAAGCCCAUCACUCUGCUGUUGGAGUCAGCAGCAGCUAAGGAUAUGUCCUGCCUCAUCGCCGGCUACUGUCGAGUUUUUGUUGACCCCAACCUCAACAUCUUUCCCUGGAUAGAUGACUCCAAGAAGCACAGAGUCUCUGCUGAGGAAGGUUACGUGUCACGAUGCGGCAGCGACUCGGACUCCUCCUCAGACUUGGACAUGGAGCCUCUGGUCCACCUGGUGUCCCACGAGGAGAGGCCCUGCCCUCGUCUCAGAUCCUCAUCGGACCCCGACGGACGGAGGAGGAAAGACAGGGACAGGAGGAGAAGCAGAGACGGCAAAGAGAAGGGAGAUAAACCAUGGGAGGAUAGAAAAGUGAGAGAAGAAAAGGAUGCCGACACGGAAAAGAGGAAGCCUCCACCGGACGGCAAGAGCAACGCCACGGAGCAGAAGGAGGAGGUCAAAGGAACGCAGGAUGGAGGACAGGCACAAGUUCAGAUCACCGACAGCGAGGCGGGUGGAAAAGCUGGACAAGGAGGGAAGGCUGUAGGUGGAGAGGAGGUUCGAGCAGCAGAGGAGCAGCCGUCGGCGUCAGAAGCUUCAGAUUCGUGUCACACCGACUCUCGGGUCCUCACCAGCCCCUCCAGCGACUCCCUGGACGCCCUGGAGGAAGACGACUUGAUUUCCUGCUCCUCCUCCUCUGUCCAUCCCUCACACACUUCCCAUCAGCUCCACCCGUACCCCCAGAGGCACGCCCAGCCUCACCUCCUCACCCCUCCGCCGGCUCACUCCCACCCCGUCGUCGUGGCUCAGGGAGGAGGCUGCAGGAGGUCGGGCGACGGAGCCGACCCCCAGCUGGUCGCCUCCGCCUCCUCCCAGAGCCUCCACCGCGCCCAGAAGUGUUCGGGUAACCUCUGCUCCGACGACAGCUCCCUGUGCUUCGCCGAGCUCUCCCGCCUCGUCGACUUCCUGCCGAGCCCCCCGGAGGCCAGCGAGGAAGACGACGACGAAGAGGACGAGCUGAGGAGGAGGAGGAGGAGGGAGAUGCUGAAGGAAAUGGAGGCGGCCAUGAGACGAGCGGGCGAAGGCGGUUUGAAGGAGCACCUGCUGUCCCCGUCCCCGUCCUCCCCCUCCUCCCACGUGGACUUUGUGUUUAACUUUGACCAAAGCGACGCUCGCUGCUACUACAACCUCUGCUCCAACAUCACCCCGGACAGCGCUCGCAGCCCCCCGAAGAACGAAGGAGAAGACUGCAAGGAGGCGGAGGGAGAUGGGGCCAAAGCCGAAGGCCUGGAGCCGAUCCCCAUCCUGCAGCCGCCGCCCGGCUUCGGCGACAGCAGCUCCGACGACGAGUUCUUCGACGCCAGGGAUCGCUUCACCUCGCCAGAAGACCCAACGUCAGGGGCCGUGCCAAGAGAUAUCUGCACAGAGAUGAAGCUGGACCUCCUCAGCACACUCAGCCUCAGCGACAUCAGAGUCUGUGUGGCGGAAGCAGAAAAAGAUGGAAAAGCAGAAGUGGACAGAAAAGGCGAGGAAGAGGGAAACAGAGAGGCGUUUCUCCAGCUCAGGAAAAGGUCCCGCAAGCGACGUUCAUUCAUGGAAACCGACUUCACCUCCAGGGUGUCGUAUCCAGAACCUGAUCCAGAAUCAAAGCAGGACCUGGCCUCCAGCAGGCUUCACAAAACCAUUUUGGCAGAAGAGAGUGACGCUCAGGUCCUCAGUUCAGAUCCAGAACCUUCGGAGCAAACCCAGAAUCCAAGUCCUACCGUCUCCUCUCUCACUCACUCUGAGGGGGAACCGGCCCAACUCGAGUCCAAACCCAUCCUGUCGAAACUCUGCUCACUUGCACCGGGCUCUCGUUCUGGUUUCAGGUCUCAUGAGCAGAGCCUGGACCAAAAGUCGCCCUCCAGAACCAGGAAGCAAGACAUGGAGAUGGAGCCCGACGCGAUGGAGUCGAAGUCGGUGACGGAUUUGGUGAAAGCGGCGUCUCCCACCAUCACUGUCGUCCGCUGCAGGGUGGAUCCAGACGGGAAGGAGAGUGCCGAUCGGAGGGGUGAUGGAAAGGAGGAAGGGGAGGAACAGGAGGAGAUGGGUGAGGCCAAAGAGGAUGAAGAAAAAGAGGAACCCAACGGCGUGACGGGCAACGGACCGUUCACUAGUCAUUUGUUUUUGCCAGAAACCACUGAAAAUAAGGACAAGAAGAAAGAGGCGGUGGUGGGAUACUCGUCCAGCUCAAAGAGACCCCUCGUUGGUGCUCUGAGUCCACCAGACACAUGUUUAACAGAUGUGAAUAAAAAGGGUAGUAAUGGACUUUUGGUAUCCCAUGUGAUUGGUCCUGACAUAAACACAUACGUUGAGGAAUACAUGCUUGAGAAGUCAAACCCUAAGUCAUACUCACCACCGCCUCCACCUCCUUCUUCCCCUCUACCUCCAUCACCGGUUCCACAAAAAAGCCCGGUGAAAGAGGAAGGAGGCGACGAAAAAUCAGCAAACAAACUCCCCAUUUCAAAUCACGAGGAGAUGAGUAAUAACACUAACAAAACACAGUCGCGUGUUGAAGUCGCAACCAGCGUUAACGACGCUAGUUCUAAUGUUAGCGACGAAGUUACAGACAGCACCAAUUCAGACAACGUUUUUGAAGAUGACGAUGAAGAAGCCAGUAAUUCCUUAGUUUCUUGUUCAAGUGACAAGAGAGAUGACAGGACUGCGGCUGCGAAGCAAAGCAUAGGUAAAGGUGAGCCACAAGUCAAGCCUCGUCCAAGUUCUGAAGCUCAUGCAAGGAUUAAUUCUGUUAAUUCCGAUUACACUCGAGCUAUAAACUCGAUCACGGCGAAGCUUGGAGCCGCAACAAGCGCCACGUCUCCUGCUUUUAAUUCAGGUGCUAAAUUGAAAAACGAUGUUGCAAAUCAAAGUGUCGAUCAACCGAGUAGUGAUUCCACCGUGCUGAGUGCAAAGGCUGAAGAAAGUUCAGCUACUCCUAGCUUAGCAAAGGCUAACACGGCUACCAUCCAAGAUCUCUCCAAAGAACCUCCAUCUCCAUCCCACUUCCUCUUCCAGCCCUGUUCCCCAAGCAUCAUGGGACGACUAUCCGCCUCAACUCUCAGGGGGAAGAUCCAACAGCUGCCCCUUUAUUUAUCUCGAUCCCAAGAAACUCUGAAUCAAGCCGGUGCUGGAAAUAUAAACCCGAGUCCUGCUAAAGACAAUAGUAAGAGCGACGCAGAGAUCACCAUCAAAGUAACCGACGUUCACGAUGUCACGCAAACAGUUGACUUAGAAACCGGCGCAACUGCAGAAACAGUGGAGUCAGACGAUUCCGAUACAACGCUCACCGGAUCUGAGGUUGACGGGGAGUUUGUUGCAGAAAUACCCUCAGCGAAGAGGGUAAACUCUGGAUCAGAGGUGAACAAAGUAAGAUCUGAGCUGCCUGUUCAGACUGAGCCCAAACCCCAAGAACGGAAUCAGCUCUUGUACUCCAACAAGAACACACCAGGUCCCAUAACGGAGCCUCCAGCCUCCAUCGUGAGCCACCUCCAAAGAAGCCCGAAUGCAGACACUCCUGGGCCUGUAAAAGACGCUCCAGAACCAAACAGCAAAGUCCCGAGUCCAGACGAAGACAUCCCAGGUUUUAAAAUGAGCAAUCAGUCACCUUCCAUCCCCCCUCCGAUAGUGGUGACCACGCAGAAUCUGAACGGACCAGGACUUCCUUUUCAUAGUCAAAAAGUGAGAAGGACCAGUAGCGACAGGCCUCUCAUGGGUCUCUGUCGGCCUUUAGAGAAGAAUUCAGACUCAACAAAGACGCUUUCCUCUGGCUGCAGAGUGUUUACCAUCUGUGAGGAUCAGGAGGCCAAGACUCCAGCUGAUGCUGGGUCAGCUCCCCUCCUGAAGUCGGAGUUUAGUUGUGGUUCUGUUCUAGCGUCUGGAUGUGAGUCGGUCGUGGAGGGGGUGCAGGUGCCGCUGGAUGCUUGCGGCUGCCCGGCGGUUUAUACCAACUGCUUCAGCGGGGGGGACAGCUUUGACGACGAGCUGACGGUCUACGAGUUCUCGUGCCGGACGCAGAGCAGCGGCGUUACCCAGACCUCCGGGGCAGGCCUUCCCCUCAUGACCUCCGCCCCUGUUCCCUCCUUCCUCUCCACCUCCUCCAGCCACCACUCCCCAUCAUUCCCGCGCUCCAUCCUCUUCUCCUCCUCCACCUCCGAGCUCAGCCCUCUCCUCUCGCCGCUGUCCGACUCCUCCGAUUCGUUCAUGUCUCAAACGCACAAAGACACCAUCGGCCGGCUCGGUCAGCAGCGCUACCCUGAACCCCCCGCGGGUUUCCAGGUGCUCCGCGUCGACGUGGACCAGCUCCUUUCCAUCCUGGAAAGCAGCGGCAGCGCUGUGGCAGGUCACGGAGGCCGCCACCCACGAGACACAUGCCCCGCCCACUUCACGGAGAACAAGCGGGUGCUCCAGAUAGAGGCGCGCCGGCUGAUGUCAGGCUGCCAGAAGGUGGUGGGGAUCGGACAGAGCCCCGAGGAGAUGCUCCACUCCCUCGCCGACAGCUUCCGGACCCUGGUGGAGCUGGCGGGUAUUUGCCUCUGGUUCUCCGGCUGCGACAGGUGCGACCGCAGGAACGCAGAGGCGGUCGCAGGCCUGGCGGACGUGGCUCGGUCAUUCAGGGACUUCUGCCUGGCGGCGGAGCGGGCCAGCAGCAAGCGCAGCUGCCAGGACCUGAGCACCAAGCUGCUGGCCAAACAGUGCACGGCGCUCACCGCCUCCGUCUUCUGCCUCACCCAGCUGUUCCGCACCCUCACCGCACUAUGAGUGGACCGCAGCCUCGGAGGACUUUUAGGAACGCUGUAGCUCCACAGACAUGAGGUCAUCUGCAGCAGCUGUGAGCGGAGUUUGACCCGGCAUGUUCAGAUCGGGCAGGUAGAGCUUGAGGCACAAAAAACUCUCAACAGCAUCAAGCCGCGGAGGGCGAGAGAUCGUUGAGGUGCAUGUGAUGACUGACUCUAUGUCCAGACAGUCGGAGUGGUGCGAGCUGCAAACAAGCCGAAUCCACUUGCAUUCCAGUGUCGAGGAACUGAUGUACUUGAAUGUAUUCCAUGUUACCAGUUUAUUUAUUUAAUUCAUGAGUUACUCCGGUGCGUCUGCGAGGAAUGUCGAGGAAGGGAGAAACUUGGUUAAUGUUUACAGGCAAAGAGCUUUAGACUAAAGAGUCGCAGUGUGUGGAAGUCGUGGGCCUUUUACACACAAACACAAGCACACGCAGAGCAAAUCCGUCUCUGAUUCGUCAUCCGUUCAUACACAGGCCUUUUUGUUUCAACCACGUUUUAGUUUCACUUCGAUCUCCUGAUGAGAAACACAACAAGUUCCUGA